AUGGUUGGUCGAAAGAAGCGGAGCAAUAGUACGAGAAAUCACUUCGUUGUGAAUAAUACAGGUCAUACUUACGAACAAGAGCAGUCAUCGCAGACGAUUACUGCAAGCCAGCAUCAGCAUCGCAUGACUAGUAGCUGCUACGAGACGAGCGCUCCUCGUCGAGGAGGGGAUGGCUAUGCAACAGGUGGGAGUCUAGGGUCUGCAAAUGGAACUACUGCAUGUCAUCGUAACGGUACUUUGGCCGGUAGUGAUUCCGAAAAUUCCACGAACACGAUAACGUAUCGUCGACGUUCAACGAAACAGUUCAACAAUCAUCAUUUAAACAUUAAGGACAAAAGCAGUCACCAUCCAGCAGUUGUUAAUAAUCACGUUUUGCCAAAAGUGAAUGGAAGUUGCAAGCAUAGAAGUGGUAGUCAAGAAGCAGGAUCGGCAUCCGCAGGAAGUGUCGUAUCAGGACCGGAUCUUGAAGAAGAUGGUUCAUUAUCAGGUUCGGGAAUGGAUUUCGAUCCUGAUGAUUCAAGAUUCGUUGAGAAGCGUGACUUUGCUGCAAUGACCGAUGAAAUGGCUGGAUGUUCAGUGGCCACGCAGACUAGUGAUUCAGCAGUGAAUACGGAUUUCUUAUUGGGUAUGUGCAAACUGAAGAGAUGGCAACGAGUAGAAGCUAUUGGUGAACUAGUGCAAUGUCUUAAUGCGCACGAGCAAAGGUAUUUGGGUUGUUGCAUUGAAGCAGCAAUUCGUUCCAAUUCGUCGUAUUUGCGCCAAUACGAAAUUCGAUGGAACGAUGCACAGUAUAUACAAAAUUUCCUGCAAACAGCUACUUAUAGACGUCUUUUGGAACAUGCUUUUCCAAUCCUCAGUCUCCUUCAUUCAACUAAUCGUCAAGCUGCCGCCGUAUAUUUAAGAUUGUUGGAGAGGCUCUAUUCAGAAUUUGAGAUCGCAACGGUCGAAUCGAGUUUCGUUGAAAAAGAGAGAGAUUUGGAUGCGUUGCGAUUGGCAGUUUCUGCCUCGUUGUAUCAUCCAGCUUUCUCAAUAGAACACAAAAUGAAACUGGAAAUGAUCCGCAAUCAUCUGGAUGCUAUUCGGUUACCUCCGUGCUCUCUUCUCGAAAACCAAGCAUGUCCUCCAUCGUCGUUGAAUCAAGAUGACAUUCCAAUCGUUAUUUCUCGUCUCGAUAUUGUUUCAACGUCUUCUGAACCAGAUCCAGACGUAUAUUCAAUCGAAGUGGAAUGGAGUGACAGGCGCACCUCUUAUGUUGUAAAAACGGCCGAUCAAAUAGCCGAUUUACAUAAUAGGUUGUUGGAUGACUUUCCAAAUGAGGCUGGUGCUCAAACAGAGAAUCCUCGUUUGGCAUUGCCAGAUCUACCGGCUCGUGUUCUGGUUUGUCCAAUAAUGCGUGAAUUUUUUUAUACUUCUCGUUUCGGUUCUUCAGUGCUAAGCUCGCCUCCGCAAUCGCUCAUCUCUCUGUCACUGCCGAGUGCUGGAGCCAUUAAGCAAACAGAUGAUGUAUCGAUAGCAACAGUACAAAGUUCAGUGUCGUCAUCAUCCGCAACCAGCAGCAGCGGUGAUACGCCUCAGGUUUGCGUACCGCAGCAGCAUCCGCCUACACCUGCUGGGUCAGCCCCGGUGACCUUAGUAUCUGUACCCGUACCUGUGACAACGGUUUGCCCUCCAGUAAACAUUCUGGGUUGUUCGAAUGCUCCUCUGAACGUGGUGAGCGUUCCACCACCUCCACGAGGAAUCGUUCCCCUCGUGCCAACACCAGUCAGCACACGCCCAAUGCCUCUGAUCACUGCGGCUGGUGUGGCCUAUCCACCACUGAUGCAGUUACCUCCAAAUCCGAAUGGUUUGGUGUCGUGUUGCAAUUGUGCUGGUUUACACUCCUUCACAUGUUGUCCGCAACCAACCAUGCUGCAGAUUAUUGCCAAUGGUUACCAGCUGUCGAAAGUAAUUGCCGAUUGUAUGUUUUCCGCUGAAUCUAAUUUUGAACACGUGUCAACACCAAUCCAAACUUUACAAAACAAGUUGACCGGUGAAUACAAACUGAAUGUUGAUGGUACUCAUUCGGCACCCCCAUCAGACGUUACCCGGAAUAUGGUGGCUGUAGGCAACACCACUCCACCACCACCAAAAAGCUUUUCAACACCACCUCCGACAUCAAAUUCACACUAG